AUGAAAAAAUCAGAGUAUUUUAAUGGUUUUCUUUGGAUGGUAUACUUUGACACGAUAAUCAUGCUUUUAUUAAGCUUCACAAGUGCAGGAAAAAAUAUAUUGUAUACAAUGUAUUCGGAUUUUGGUUUUAAUACCUUAGCUUCAGUAUAAUAUGUUUGUAAUUAUCUAUUUGGACCGUUGAUGCUGCUUGUUGUUGAUAAAAUAAUAGAAUCCAUUAGCUUCAAAAAAAUAUUUAUAAUUAGUUCAUUUAACUUAAAUAUUUUUCUGGUAGGAGGAUUAUUAGUAGCAGGAUGCUAAUAUUCAUGCUCAGUUUCCUUAGUUGAAACUAUCACAGUGAUUUCAUCAUUGAUUGCUGGUGUUCUCCAAACAGUCUUUUAUGUUUCUUUCGUUGCUUACAUAAAUUUUAUGUGCAACAACUCAAAUAGGGAAUUAUUUUUUGGAAUAAGCUUUUCUUUUACUAGUAUGUCGAAUAUUUUAUCAAAUAUAAUUGGUAUACAACUUAAUAUAUAUAGGCUAUUAUUUAAACCAAUAUUAUAAUUUAUUUACUUUUUAUGUCAUAAUUGUUGUAAUCUCAAUUGUUUUGCAAGCUCUAUUUUUUUGUAUAAAAGACAAUAAAAUAGAGCCAUCAAAAGAAAACCGAUCUGUUGUAAAAGAAGUUAAAUAUUAAUUCCUAUGUUUAUACAAAGAAAUUACUUAUAGGAAAUAUUUAUUAUUCCUAGGAGUUCUUAUUUUUGCUGGGUUGAUGAAUUCAGUUAUUUAUUUAUUUGUGCCUGUUCUUGUAGAAAAUUUAGGAUUUUAAGAUUCAGAAUUAUAUAAUAAAAUCUUUUUAACUUUCUUAAUCACUGGGAUUGGUUAAGUUGUUGGAGGGGUCACAGCUGGCAAGUUAAGUGAGAAGUUUAAAGAAAAUAAUGUGUUAUAUUUUAGUUUUUUAAUAAACUUUAUUGGAAUCUUGUUAUCCUAAUUUGGAAUUAUAAAAUAAAGUUUUAUGCUAAUAUUAUUUGGAUGUGCUUUAAUUGGAUAUUCAGAUAGUUCGAUUUCAUCUUUAGCAUUAAUAAUAAUAACAAAAUAAAUCUCAACUAAAAUACAUGCUUUUGCUGGUUUCAAUCUAUGCUAAAGUAUUGGAUUUGGAUUAUCCUCCAUUUGGUGGGCAUUUUUUAAUAAAAAACCUUUAACUUAUGACUUUUCUUAUCUUUAUAUAACAACUUCAUUGGCGCUUAUUUCAUUUAUGGUUUAUAAUCGCUAUAUAUUGAAAGAAGGCAAAACAAAAGAGAAAGACGAUUUAAUUCCUAGAAUAUGA